UUGAUCAUGAUCUGUCAUCACUGUUUGUUGGAUGCGCUCGGUUCUUGGGUAGUUUGGAACGCCAUAACAAAAUGGAUCUUUUUGUAAUCGAUUUGGCCGGGGACAGUACGGCAAAUGGAGGUUCAAAUACUGCAUCAGUUGCCCGAUUACCGGAAACAUUCGUUAGCACAUUCGAUGGUACUACACUCUGUGGGGAAGUUGGUACGGCAGCAACGAAAGAAAGAGACCAAGACGAUUAUGCAGGGCUCCCUUCACCCGGUCAUUGUAUUUUUAAAAUACUGAAUGAAGAUGAUAACGACGAAUUAGACCGUAUGUCGUGGAAGGGACAGCAUGAGAACAGGGAAAAGUCUCCGGCAGCUGCUGCCCAACCAAGUACCUCUUCGAGGGCUAAAACAAUGCUUCGUGACUUUGAUUUAUUUCGUACAGACGUCGUGCAACAUCUAAAAGGAGCUGUUUUAACACCGAACAUUGAGAAGAAAGAGGAUAUAGCGCACUUAGCUCUGUCGAACAAAGCUCUCAGGAAGCUGAACAAGCUGGAGCGUAAAAAAACAAAAGGCAAAAAUUGGUUCGGUAUAGCUGCCCCGCAAAUCACGCCUGAACUUCAAAAUGAACUAGCGUUGAUGAAGAUGCGCUCCAUACUAGACCCAAAACAAUCAUUCAAACGUCUUGAUAAGCGUAAAACGCCAACAUAUUUCGAAAUCGGCAAGGUAAUCAAUUCCCCGUUGGAUCACUUCAACGAACGAGGCGUCAAGAAGAUCAAGUCGAAAUCACUUGUCUAUGAACUGUUGGCGGAUGCAGAGUUCCACAAGUACAACAAGCGCAAAUACGCCGAAUCGCUGGAAAAGCAGAAGAAAAAGGCCUAUCAUAAGGCAGUGAUGAAGAUGAAGAAGGAAAAAAAACAGAGCAAGAAAAAAUAAAGUAUUUUAUGGUUUCUGUUUAAUAGC